GCUUUGGCCGAGGCGCGGGCUUUGGCCCUGUCUGGAAAGGCUUCUUGGGUUGGCGACCUUCGCCUUGCCCUAUCCAAGCUCACCACCCCUGUCGACUUCGAUGUUGCAGCACCACUCACAGAAGAUGGCGUCGCCGGAUGCCUGGAGGACCUGCGAACAUCGCUGGUCACUGACCUCAAGCAGCAGAUCAACGGGUCAACUCGACUCACGAUCCUCUCCGCGCGGAAGCAACGCGACCCUGCGUUGGAACGCCGCGCGUACCUUGCUGUCACGAACCGAGGUCAUCGACUAGCCUUAUGUCGCCUGCUGGCAUCAGACCAUCCUCUAGCUGUCGAGGUUCUCCGCUGGCACACGCCGACGGUCCCUCGCGAACAGAGACUGUGCAGAUUCUGCAGACUACAGGGGUCAGUGGAGGAUGAGGUACACGUGUUACUCAAGUGCUCGGCUGAAGAACUACGACAUGCACGCAAACAGUUCCUCGAUGCGGUAUUUGCUCGU